AUGUCUGAUGCACAAGAACCUGUAAGAAGCAAAGAAGAGGAAGAGGACCCAUCACAGGAAGACUCUGAGGACGACAGCAGCGAAGAGGAGACGCCCGGAGAAAUGGAUUUCCUGCGUAACCUCUUCUCCAGCGCUUUGGGUUUCGGAGCAGGUUCUGGGGAGAAAGCUCUGGACGAGUUGGCACUGGACGGAGUCGCAAAAUACAUCCAGAGCGGGAAAUGUAAAAACAUCAUCUGCAUGGCUGGAGCCGGGAUAUCCACCUCGGCCGGAAUUCCAGAUUUCCGUUCUCCCGGAACAGGCCUUUACGCCAAUCUCCAGAAAUACAGCCUGCCGUACCCAGAGGCCAUCUUCCAGAUCGACUACUUUAAGCAACAUCCCGAACCAUUUUUUGCGUUGGCCAAAGAGCUGUAUCCCGGACAGUUUAAGCCGACGAUCUGCCACUACUUCAUCAAACUGCUCAAAGACAAGGGCCUUUUGAGGCGCUGCUACACUCAGAACAUUGACACUCUGGAGCGUGUGGCUGGUCUGGAGGGAGAGGACCUGAUAGAAGCCCAUGGAACCUUCUACACGUCGCACUGUGUGAGCUUCUGCUGCAGGAGAGAGUACAACCUGGACUGGAUGAAGGAGAAGAUCUUUUCUGACGACAUUCCCAGAUGUGAAAAGUGCCAAAGUUUAGUGAAGCCGGAUAUAGUUUUCUUUGGAGAGAACCUGCCUGUGCGGUUUUUCACGUCCAUGAAGAUGGACUUUCCUCGCUGUGACCUUCUGAUCGUCAUGGGAACGUCUCUAAAAGUCCAACCGUUUGCGAGUCUCGUCAGCAAAGUCUCCAGAAACUGCCCUCGAUUACUAAUCAACAUGGAGAAAACUGGACAGGUGGAGCCCAUGUUGGGGGUGUUUGGAGGAGGGAUGGACUUCGACUCAGAUAAAGCUUACAGAGACGUGGCUCACAUCAGCUCCUGUGACGACGGCUGCUUGGCUCUGGCAGAUCUGCUCGGAUGGAAGUCUGAGCUGGAGGAGCUGGUGAAGAAGGAACACGCUCGGAUCGACAGCGAGGACCAGAAGAAGAAGCAAAGUGAAAACGAUGGAGCAGAGGCGAGCCCCAAACCAGAGGCCAGCCCCAAACCAGAGGCCAGCCCCAAACCAGAGGCCAGCCCCAAACCAGAGGCCAGCCCCAAACCAGAGGCCAGCCCCAAACCAGAGGCCAGCCCCAAACCAGAGGCCAGAGACGGAUAA